AUGGCUCACUCAGCCAUCUGCCCCUGCUCGACCUGCUUCCAGGCCACUCCGCAGACAUAUUAUCUCCAGCAGCCAGCAACGCUGCAGCUCUCUCCCAAGAGCAGAAAGGGGUUCCGCGCCGCCGCUGGCGACAGCAGCGUGCAGAGCAGGCUCCGGCGCAUCGACAGCAUGGCUUCCGACCUGAUACCCCCUUUUUCCGAAGAGGAAUCCGACAAGAUGGCGCCGAGAGAACCCAGAUGGCUGAGAGCGCCGAGACAGGUGACGUUGCGGGAUUACUUUCCGCCAGAGUUUCGCAAUGAUCUCACUCCUGCCGCGGCCACGUCCCGAGCGGAAGAGCCUGCCGCUGAGCACGGCCCUGGGGAGAAAGUUGGCGCAGGGAGCGAGCCUGCCACUGAGGAGAACGUCGGCGCGGCAACUGAGCCCGGCCCGGAGGAUGUCAAUGACACCGAUGAACUUCAGAUAACCUUCAACCAAAUUUUCGCGAACGGCAUUCGCCUCAAACUGACCUCCUCGCCGUUCUUUCCUAAUACCGCAGCCGACUUCGCCAAACUCUAA